CAGCGCAUGCGCAGCCUGCCGCUCCGACCAGUGCACACCAUGGCCCCCUGGCUACUGCUCGCCAGCCCUGUCCUUGCCCUCUGGGUGCUGCUCUGCUCCUGCCCGGGGGCUGCUGGGGGGCUCCGGAGGGGUUCUGCGGACUCGUGUGGAUCCAAGGGAAUGUCGUUGGUCAGGAGCAGCGGAGGGAACAAUAUCACCUUCCGAUAUGACAACUGCACUUCGUCGCUCUACUCCACAGGGAAGCACCUGAUCGCGGAUGUGCAGAACAUCUCCAUCAGCCAGUUUGCUUGCAGCGACCAGGUCGCCGUGACUGUACUGUGGACGCCCAACGCUAUAGGCAUUGAGUAUCUGAAAGGUUUCCGCGUGGUCUUGGAGGAGCUGAAGUCCGAGGGGAGGAUUUGCCAGCAGAUGGUCCUGAAAGACCCCAAACAGCUGAACAGCAACUUCAAGAAAACUGUGAUGGAGACACAGCCGUUCAUUAACCUGAAAUUCGAAACUGAUUAUUUUGUGAAAAUUACCCCGUUCCCCUCCAUUAAAAACGAGAGUAACUACCAUCCGUUUUUCUUCAGGACUCGCACCUGCGAGUCCCUGCUGCAGACGGACAGCCUGACCUGCAGACCUUACUGGAGGCCGAAGAACCUGACUGUGAGCCAGCAGGGGGUCAGCAUGCAGGUGACCUUUGACCAGGCGCCGCACGCGUUCGGUUUCAGGUCCUACUACGUGAAUUAUAAGCUGAAACACGAAGCCUCGUUCAGGCAGAAGAUCUGCAGACAGGUGCUGAAUACGGAUUACUCAAACUGUUUGCUGCAGAACGUGGCGCCCGGGGAUUACGUGAUCGAGGUCAUGGACGACACGAACACAACGAGAAAAUCCAUGCUCUACUCAUUAAAACCAGUCCAUUCUCCGUGGGCCGGUCCUAUAAGAGCCAUCGCCAUAACCGUUCCGUUGGUCAUCAUAUCGGCGUUCGCCACGCUGUUUACCGUCAUGUGCCGGAAGAAACAACAAGAAAAUAUCUACUCGCACCUGGAUGAGGAGAGCUCCGAGUCGUCUACGUACGCGGGAAGUCUCCACGUGGAGAAACCCCGGCCGCAUCCAAAGGUCCUCCUCUGUUAUUCCAACAAAGACUGCCAGAAACACGUUAACGUCAUCCAGUGCUUCGCGUACUUUCUGCAGGACUUCUGCGGCUGUGAAGUUUCUCUGGAUUUGUGGGAAAACUUGAAGAUCUGUAAAGAAGGGCAGAAGGAAUGGCUGAAGCAGAAGCUGAAGGAGGUCCAGUACGUGAUAAUCGUGUGCUCCAAAGGGAUGAAAUACUUUGUGGAAAAGAAGAAGAAGAAGCAUAAAGGACGGAGCUCCGAGGCCGGCGCGGGAGAGCUUUUCGUAACCGCCAUGUCUCUGAUCGCCGAAAAACUGACCGACGACGAGGGGAGUUCAGACAACCUCUCCAAAUUCAUCACCGUGUACUUUGAUUACUCCAGCGAGAACGACAUUCCCACCGUCCUGGAGCCCACCAGGAAAUACAAGCUGAUGGACCACCUGCCCCAGCUCUACUACCACUUAUACUCCAAGGAACUGGGUGUUCACGACCCCGAUCAAUACCCGACAAACAUCAGCAAGAGGAACUACUUCCGGAGCAAAGCCGGCCGCGCGCUCUACGUCGCCAUCUGCAACAUGCACCAGUACAUCGACCAGGAGCCCGAUUGGUUCGAGAAGCAGCACGCCCCGUCCGUGUCCCCGACCCUCAAUAACCAGGAGCCGCUGAUGGAAAAGUUUGACUCCGGAUUGGUUCUAAACGACGUGGCUGGGAAGGCGCUGACCGAGGCCGACCUCGCCAUCAGAGCGGAAGUGGUGGCCUCCGUGGACUGUCGCCCUGCCCAGGACUCGGCAGCGGCCGACGUGGCAGAGGACUCCGAAGCCCAAGACUCGUUCGCCGGGAGCUGCUCGCUCCGACCCGUCUUGCAUUCGGUGAAGGCCGUCGGUCAGGCUGAAAUGCCACGGGAUUCCGGGAUAUAUGACUUUUCCGUUCCUUCGUCAGAACUGUCGUUGCCUUUAAUGGAGGGGCUUUCUGCUGACCACGUGGAGACCUGUUCGAUCGCAGAAAGCGUUUCUUCGUCAUCGGGACUAGGCGAAGAAGAGCCCUCGAUCCCCAAAUCUGUCAUCUACGGAGUGUGCAAAGCAGAACUUCAUUGCCACCCCGACGAGCUGCCGGCCGUCGCACCCUUGUAGCUUUUCUUUUUUUACUCCACUGGUUAACCUUUUCUCCUCCGGAGGGGCAGAGAAGACGUUCGAAUGCAUUGCCACUUUAACAGGUUUUGUGAUUAAUCAGCAAGUCGCCGCGGAACCUGGAGCUACUUGAAUAACGAGACAAAAACUGCCAUUUUCAGCCAGAUGCUUUUGUAUUUUUCCAUCACUUCUGUUAAUAGGAACUGACGGGGAAAGGAGAGCUUAAUGCAGCGCGGCCGUAGACCGUCACCGUGGCUCUGAAAGAGGUUCCGCAGCAGCUGAGGCCAGUCUGUGAGCGUCCUGAAUGAUUUCCGUAGAGAACGUCCAGGAUUUAGACGCAGUAGAAGUGAGAGCCUAUUGACGGCUUGGUAUAUGUACUUAUAAUAUAUAGAACCCCCCCGGACAUUUAACGACACGUUUUCUGCCAUCGCAGCCGUUCGUUUACCGACGUUUGUGCCUUUAUCACCGAAUUAGUAAUUACAGCACAACUUAAAUCUACGCGUCCUGACCACGCACAGCAAAAUGCCACAAUACUAACCAAAUCUCAUGAUCCGCACGGCACGUGGCGUCAGGCGGGCAACGGGGCGACUC